AUGGUCAACCAUCGAGAGUUCACAGUAUACGACUACACCGUCGGUGUAAUAUGCGCAUUAGACAAGGAGCUAUUAGCAGUCCGCUACCUGCUAGACUCGACGCACCCCGAAGUGAAAGUCCACCCGCGAGACACGAACACCUACACGCUCGGCACACUGAGCAGACACGGCAUCGUAGCGACAUGUCUCCCUGUAGCCGAAUAUGGUACAAACUCUGCAGCUAGCGUUGCCUCCCAGAUGUAUAUGAGCUUUCCCGCGAUGCAGUUCUGCUUGUUGGUGGGCAUCGCGGGAGGAGCGCCCAGCAAAGAGGAUAUAGGGCUUGGAGAUGUGGUGGUCGGCGUCCCCACCGGGACACGGUCUGGGGUUAUACAAUACGAUAUGGGAAAGGCUACUCCAGAAGAUUGCUUCUUGGAGACAGGAUCACUCCAAAGGCCGCCGCGGGUUCUGCUGAGCGCGAUCAAUGGCUUGAGGUCGAACCCGACCCUUACAAUUAACCCGCUGCAGGCGUUCUUGGAAACCAUUGCGCAGCAGGACCCGAAGUAUGCGUUCCUGGGAAGAGAGUACGAUAUUUUGUUUCCCCGUGGUUGCGUGCACGCCCCAUCGGAAGCAAACUGCGAGGGUCAUCUUGGCCUCAAGGUCCAACGUCCAGCAAGGAGCUUCGAAUACCCAUGUAUCCACUACGGACUUAUUGCCUCCGGAAACAAAGUGAUCAGAGACGCGGUCCUCCGAGACCGCUUAGCGGAUCAAUACGGCUUUCUUUGUUUCGAGAUGGAAGCGGCUGGGAUACUUAAUGUUUUACCUUCACUCGUGAUCCGAGGGAUAUGCGACUACUCGGACUCCCACAAAUCCAAGAUAUGGCAGGAUUAUGCCGCUGCAGCUGCUGCGGCUUAUGCAAAGCUUCUUCUCAGUCAGGUGCGAGUUUAUGAUGCACCAUAUCCUGGCGAGACGAAAAUGAUUGAUAUCCGGUGUGUUUUAACCCCGGGUACCUUUUGGCACGAUUCACUGAUGAACAAGAAUCAGUGA